AUGUCCCACGUUACUCUUGUUACAGGUGCUUCCAGAGGUAUUGGUAAAGCUAUUGUUGAAAUCCUUUUAAAAAAUGAAACUUCAAAAGUUGUCAUUGUUGCCAGAUCCCAAGCUCCAUUAGAAGCUCUUCAACAAAAAUACUCUAGCGAUAGAGUUGCAUUUAUUGCUGGUGAUAUCACUGCUCCAGAAACUUCCAAAAAAGCUGUUGAAUUGGCUAUUUCUAAAUUUGGUCAAUUAAAUGCUGUUAUUGCCAAUGCUGGUGUCUUGGACCCAAUUGGUCCAAUUGAAACCACCGAUGUUCAAAAAUGGAAACAAUUAUACGAUAUCAACUUCUUCUCUGUGGUUGAAUUGAUCAAACAAAGUUUACCACACUUGAAGAAAACCAACGGUAAAGUUAUUGGUGUUUCUUCCAUUGCCGCCUUUGUUGAAUUCAGUGGUUGGUACGCUUAUGGUUCUUCCAAAGCUGCUUUGAACCACUUGAUGCUUUCUUUGGCUGCUGAAGAAAAAGAAAUCCAAGCUAUUGCUGUUGCUCCAGGUGUUGUUGAUACUGAAAUGCAAGUUGAAAUCAGAUCUGUUCACGGUAAAAACAUGAACCCAGAUAACUUCCAACAAUUUGUUGACUUACACGAAGGUCAAAAAUUAGUUCCACCUGAAGCUCCAGGUACUGUUUACGCUAACUUGGCUUUGAAAGGUUGGCCUGCUGAACUCAAUGGUAAAUACUACGAUUUCGACAAUGAAAUCCUUAAGGAAUACCAAAUGUAA